AUGGUUGCUACUGGAUCUCAAGAAGUCUUCUCAAUUCGGUAUUCUUAUCAUGUUUUCUUAAGAUUAAGAGGUAAAGACACUCGAAAGACCUUUACCAAUCAUCUUUAUACAGCUCUACUAUAUGUAGGAAUACACACAUUUAGGAACAAUGAUGAACUUGGGAGAGGAGAUGAUAUCUCCUCAGAACUUACAAAGGCAAUUGAAGAGUCGAGGAUGUCAAUAAUUGCAUCUUCAACAUGGUGCCUGGAUGAACUUCUAAAGAUUAUGGAACGCAAGAAGAGUGAUUGGUCAUAUGAUUCUACCCAUUUUCUACCAUUUCCAGUUGAUUUCGAGAGGUUGGCGUCUGAUAUACGUAGAUCUGAUCUGUGCUUGUUCUGGCGAGCUGCGCAGUUGCAACUUGUUGAGAUUACCAAAUUCAGCAAGCUCGUAGCUGAAUUAAUGACUUUGCUCCGAUCAGGAAUGAUGAUCGGAGAAAAGAGCUCAAAUCCCUUGGAGAAUGGCCAACAGUCAAAGCUCUAUGAGUUGAUGAACAUGAUCGAAGUCCUGAGAAAAGAAAAUGCAGAAUUACGAGCUGGAAUGGAGCAUGGUGAAGCUCCUACUAUUACGAGGCCACCUCCGGUAAGAGAGGGAGUCUUGCUGUUCAAUGCUGUUCAUUAA